AUGGUUGUUGGCUUUGAUCGUGGAUUUGAUCGUGCUGUGCUGUGUAACUACAAAAAUCAGCAGGCUUUUGAUCCAGGCUUUGAUGCUGAAUAUAACCUGCAGUGUUUCUCUCUCAAUCUCUUUAAGUUUAGUGUAACAGUGAGUGUCAUUGGCAGCUGUGAGAGUCUCUCUCUCUUUAGGGGACUGACAGGAGCCAGUUUCUUCAGUGUGUUUGAGGGAGCAGAAGGAGAAACAGAGUCAAACAAACAGUGUGACGAGCAGAAGAAGAUGGAGGGAUGUCUGACACUCGUUUUACUCUCCUCUAUAGUCACUCUAACAGCAUCUGAUUUUGAGAAUGUUACAUUGGUCAGUGAUAACAGUACCUGUGCUGGUAGAGUGGAGGUUCUUCAUGCUGGUCAGUGGGGAACAGUGUGUGAUGAUCACUGGGAUAUGAAUGACGCUGAAGUGGUGUGUAGAGAGAUAGGAUGUGGAGAGGCUGUAGAGGCUGUGAGUAAGGCUCACUUUGGAUCAGGAUCAGGACCAAUCUGGAUGGAUAAUGUGGCCUGUAGUGGAUCAGAGUUUACACUGAAGGACUGUAGAUCAAGAGGAUGGGGUGUUCAUAACUGUGAUCAUAGUGAAGAUGCUGGAGUCAGAUGCUCAGAAACCAUAAACUAUGGAAGAUCAAGACUUGUGGAUGGAUCUCACCUGUGCUCUGGGAGAGUGGAGAUGCUUCUUGUAGGCGGCUGGGGUUCAGUGUGUGCUGCUGCCUUUGACCAGCAGGAUGCAGAGGUUGUGUGUAGAGAGCUGGACUGUGGGGCUCCUGUACAGGUGCUGGGAGAAGAUGCUUUUGGUGAAGGAAAUGGUCAGAUUGGAUCAAAAGAGAUUCAGUGCAGAGGAGAUGAAUCACACAUUCGACACUGUCCAUCAUCAACCUCAAAUAAUGUAAACUGCACCCAUGACAACGAUGUGGGACUGAUAUGUUCUGGUUACACUGACCUCAGACUGGUCAAUGGUCCUGACAUCUGUUCUGGUCGAGUUGAGCGUCAGUACUUCAGUAAAUGGGGCACAGUGUGUGAUGCAUGCUGGGAUAUGAGAGCUGCCAGUGUCCUCUGUAGACAGCUGAAUUGUGGGAUUGCUGUGUCUGUUGUGGGAUCAGACUGGUUUGGAGAGGGAAGUGGUGAAAUCUGGGCUGAUGUGUUUGAUUGUGACGGGAAUGAAACAAAACUCUCAGAAUGUUCCAUCUCUUCAUGGAGUCGAACUGAAUGUUCCCAUAGACGAGAUGUUGGAGUCAUCUGCUCUAAUUCCUCUCUGGCUGUUCAUGAUGGUCUGGUGCGGUUGUCUGGAGAGAGACAGUGUGAGGGGGAGGUGGAAGUUUACAUCCAUCAGGUCUGGAGGAGAGUUCUGCUGGACUCCUGGAGUCUCACUGAAUCCUCUGUGGUCUGCAGACAGCUGGGCUGUGGCUCUGUGCUGAACUUCUCCGGCUCCUCUUCAUCCAGUCCUGAACACAGUCAUGAGUGUGUGAUGGGCUUCCAGUGCUCUGGGAGUGAAGCUCAUCUGGGGAACUGCAGCUCUCCACAAACUCUCAACUGCAGCUCCACACAACAGCUGUCAAUCACCUGCCUUGGUCACGGGUCCAUCAGGCUGGUGGGUUCUGGGGGAGACUGUGCAGGGAGGCUGGAGGUUUUUCACAGCGGCUCAUGGGGGACAGUGUGUGAUGACUCCUGGGAUAUUAAAGAUGCCCAUGUGGUGUGCAGACAGCUGCAGUGUGGAGUGGCCCUCAGUAACCUGCAGGUACCAGCCUGGUUUGGUCCUGGUUCUGGACCCAUAUGGCUGGAUGAGGUGGAGUGUGAGGGGAAUGAGACGUCCCUGUGGAGCUGCUCUUCUCCAGGCUGGGGAAAACAUGACUGUCAACACAAGGAGGAUGUAGGAGUCGUGUGUUCAGAGUUUAAAGAGAUCAGGUUAACUGAGGGCUGUGAAGGGAAUUUGGAGGUUUUCUACAAUGGAUCCUGGGGAAAUGUGUGUUACAAUAAGAUGGACAGAGACACAGCGAGUCUGAUCUGUCAAGAGCUGAACUGUGGAAGAUCUGCCAGUGAACCCAGUAAUUCAGAGGGACUGAAGUCUCAUAAUUGGCUUGAUUAUUUUAAAUGUCGACGUCAUGAUUCCACUAUAUGGCAGUGUCCAUCUUCACCCUGGGGAUUGAAUGACUGUGAUAAUGAAGUGGCCAAAAUCACCUGCUCAAAGGAACAGACUCAUGAAUCUCCUCAGAGUCGUCUGACAUGUUCAAACUCAUCAUCUCCUCACCAGAGACAGUGUUCAAAUCAUGUUCCUCUCAGACUGAGUGGAGGGGAGGGCCGGUGCUCUGGGAGGCUGGAGGUGUAUCAUAACGCUGUGUGGGGCUCAGUCUGUGAUGAUCUGUGGGACAUCAGCGAUGCUCAGGUGGUCUGCAGACAGCUGGGUUGUGGAGCAGCACUGAGGGCUGAUGGGAAUUCAUCUGAUGGGAAUUCAGCCUCUGAUGCUGGUGAAGGUGUUGUGUGGCUGAACAGAGUCGAGUGCAGAGGGAAUGAGAUUCACCUGUGGGACUGUCCUCUCUCCCUGAAGAACCACACUGACUGCUCCAAAAAAUAUCACGCUGGACUCACCUGUGCAGAUUUGUCAGUGUCCACUACUCCUGCCACAACAACAUCAUCUUCUCCUUCAGUUUCUCAGACAGUGAGCUCAACAUCAGUCUCUCGUCCACAAACUCCUCCGUCUCUCUCUGUGCUUGUGAUUGUACUGGGAGUUGUGCUCUUACUGCUCUUAGUGCCACUGCUUAUACUGAUUCAGCAGAACAGAGUGAUGAGGAGAGCUCUCUCUAAGAGGAGACACAGGAGCACGACUGAGGCCGUUUAUGAGGAGAUUCAUCACAGACACAAUCACUUCACUCAGAGGGGGAGUUUCAUCUCUGAAGAACUGCAUUCUGGGUAUGAAGAUGCUGAUGAGCUUCUCUCAGAAAAAGAGUUCAAGACUGAAUAUUAUGAUGAUGUCACCAGUGGCCUGAAAGAAGAGAUGAAGAAGGAAAUCACACCGGGAUACUAUGAUGAUGUCAUCACUGAUGGACUGAAACCAGAUCGUGAGACAGAAGACACACCUAAGAGUUAUGAUGAUGUCAUGAUGAGUGGACAGAGCUUUAAUAUUAAAAAAGUGGACACACCAGGGGAUUAUGAUGAUGUCAUCAUUAAUGGACAGAACAUUCCAGGUGUAACAGAAGAGAUGAUGAAGGAAAUCACACCAGGAUACUAUGAUGAUGUCAUCACUGAUGGACUGAAACCAGAUCGUGAGACAGAAGACACACCUGAGAGUUAUGAUGAUGUCAUGACGAGUGGACAGAACUUUAAUAUUAAAAAAGUGGACACACCGGAGCAUUAUGAUGAUGUCAUCAUUAAUGGACAGAACAUUCCAGGUGUAACAGAAGAGAUGAAGAAGGAAAUCACACCGGGAUACUAUGAUGAUGUCAUCACUGAUGGACUGAAACCAGAUCGUGAGACAGAAGACACACCUGAGAGUUAUGAUGAUGUCAUGACGAGUGGACAGAACUUUAAUAUUAAAAAAGUGGACACACCAGAGCAUUAUGAUGAUGUCAUCAUUAAUGGACAGAGCAUUCCAGGUGUAACAGAGGAAGAUCAGGAGGAGUAUGAUGAUGUGAAGAACAGCAAUGAAGAUGAGAGAAACCUGUUGGAGGGAGAUCAGGAGGAGUAUGAUGAUGUGAAGAACAGCGAUGAAGAUGAGAGAAACCUGUUGGAGGGAGAUCAGGAGGAGUAUGAUGAUGUGAAGAACAGCGAUGAAGAUGAGAGAAACCUGUUGGACUAUGAUGAGGUGGAGGAGGGGUCAAAUAAAGAGGGAGGGGCCAUAUGACUCACUGACCACACCCACUGCCUCUGAUCAUCAAAUCAUAUUACAGUUACUGGAGAUACUGGGAGUUUCUUGUGUUGCUACUAAUGCAUCAAUGCCUUAUGUUUCUAUGCUAUUUCAAAUAUUUUUGAAUUAAAUGUUACAUGCUUUACAAAAUUUGGUAACAAAAAAUAAUCUGUUUUCAGUAUUUGGUCUAUUAUUUUUACAUCGAUAUCAAUGCAUACUCAAAAUAUAUGUGUUUUUAAUCAAUAAAUUAAUUUUUAUUAACUUCAUGAAUUAAUUAAUUUUUUAAAAAGCAUUUGGAGGAAAGUGGACAAAAGAAAAUGUGGAAAAAUUUUUCUUAGGUGAUUUUAGGCAGUAUCUAAU